AAAAAAACACAUUAUUCUCUACGGUGGCAUCCACCGACGCCAUGGCCGCGGCUUCUCCUCCCCUCCUCCCCGUCUCCGUUCUCCCGGCGGCCACCGCCACCACCGCCACCAUCGCCCUCCCCGCUCCGGACACCUCCUCGGUGGCCGACCAGCGCGCCUACCUCGCCCGCCUCCUCGACUCCGCCAAGCGCUCCCUCUCCGGCGCGCGCCCGUGGGCGGAGCUCCUCGACCGCGCGGCGCUCAGCCGCCCGGACUCCCUCGCCGACGCCACCGCCCGCGUCCGCAGGAACCUCGCCUACUUCCGCGUCAACUACGCCCUCCUCGUCGCGCUCUCCCUCGCCGCCUCCCUCCUCGCGCAUCCGUUCGCGCUCGCCGCCCUGCUCGCGCUCCUCGCCGCCUGGUGCGCGCUCUACCUCCUCCGCCCCGCCGACGCGGCCCCGCUCGCGGCCUUUGGGAAGACCUUCUCCGAGAGGGAGACUCUGGGUGGGCUCGUGGCCGCGUCGGCGUUCGUCGUCUUCGUGACCUCCGUCGGGUCCAUCGUCUUCUCGGCCCUCGCGGCCGGCGCCGCGCUCGCCUGCGCGCACGGCGCGUUCCGGGUGCCCGAGGAGCAGCUCUUCCUCGACGACGACGUGCAGCCUGGCGCUGGAGGAAGAGCGGGCUCCUCCGUCGACCUGCUCUCCUUCUUCACCAACGCCGCCGGAGGGGGAGGCGGGCGCGGCUGAGGCACCACCCCCACCUCAUGCCGUCGACUGAUUCAUUCUUGAGGAAUACACGAGACACCAUACGUGUUGCUAGUUAGCUACACCUACACUAAAUGAAAACAUUAAUUACGUUUAGAAUUUUACACGAUUCAAAAGAUUUUUAUAGGAAAUUUAAGAAACGAAAUAUUUAUGAAUUAUUUCUCUGUGGAUUGUUCGUAGAACUAAUACUUAUAAAGAAUCAUAUAUGAUUCGUCUUUUAAGAGUUUAUUUGCAUGGAUUAUUCGUAGAACUAAUACUUACGAUAAGAUCGCUCAGCUUCAAAAUUGGGUGCAAACAAUCCAUCUACGAUUCGAAGGAACAUGACGUGUAAUCGGUAAU